GUGCCCCCGUGUUGGAGUUCCACCAUACAAAGACAGCGUAGAGCACUUUUCAGUGUUUAUCCGGCUGUGUACAGCAAUGCGUCGCUACGCAUACAAGUAUAUUUUGAAAAACAUAUAUAUAAGAUAUAUAAUAAACUGAAAUAUGGAUUAUUUUAUGUUUACACCUCAGCGUGAGACUCGAUUUAUUAUUUAUUCUACGGGAAAUGAUGGAUACGGCGUGACGAUCUGGAAAACAAAGGCCAGGAGCUUUGACGCUGUCUAAUAAAAGGGACACGAGCGGGGAAGGCGCGCGCGCUGCCACGUGCAGCAGGCAGGGUGGUGUGAAAAUGGCCCGGCUGAGGCGAGCGAACACCUGGGAAAUCUCGGACUCGGAGAGAGAAAGCGGCUCUGAGCUGGUAGCAGCUGUACGGGGUUCGGCCAGCGGAGACGGAAUGGUGAGUUUCCUGGGGGGCGGUACCGCGGGUCCGAGUCCUGCCAAAAAGAAGCGGCGGCGGCAGAUGGAGGCGGACAGGGGGGGCACGCGAGAAGAGCGCCGGAGGGAAAGAGCGCGGAUUGAAGAAGAGAAAAGGCGGGAAAAGCAGAGAAGAAGAGAAGCUGCUGAGCGUGUGAGGAGCUACCGGCCUGAGGCGUGUCUGCGCUCCUUCACCGUGUGCGUGGAUCCAGCUUUAGUGCAGAACGAGGAGAUCGACCUUCUCCUGGGGACCCUGAGCUCCUUGGAGUGGAAGAGCGCCAUCGAGGAGCAGCAUCUCACACACAGCAUCACCUGGAGGAGAGCGCUGCCAGAGGGCGAACUCAUGUCGGUGAUUCAAGAGGAACAAGUUCUAAUGGUGCUGACCCUCAGUGAAUUCCUGGAGAUGCUGACCUCCAUCCAGAAGGUACAACAAUCAAAGACCCUGGAGGAAGUGACCUGUGGAUCCUUGUUCAAAGAGCUCUCUGAAUACCUCAACAGAAACAUGGAGAAGGUCGUCACGCUCGCAGUGAUUGGCUUAAGCAGCUGGGACUUGUGGAGACAACAGCGAAGGGAUAAAGUGGCCACAUCAAAGUGGGACAUGGGCAUGGAUGAAGCUCUUGUGUUUCUCCAGCUCUACAAGAACGUUGUCAUGUUUUUGGAGAGCUGGCAGGACCUCACUGACCACGUGUGUGCUAUCACCAAGGCCCUGUCCAAGCGUCCCAUGAAGCGGCUGACGGAGGAGCCCAGCCUGCCGUUCUGUGUGGAAGGUUCGUGGGCCAGCGGGGUGCGAGUUGGGAAGGAUGGCUGUGGACUUCAGCAGGUCUGGAGCAGACAGGUCCAGCAGCUGAAUCGAGUGAGCCGCUCAGUUGCUGUUGCUGUGACAACCGCCUUCCCUUCACCCCAGAUGCUUUUACAGGCGUACAAGGACUCUCACUCUGAGGCAGAGAGGAAGGGUCUGCUGGCCGAUCCCUGUAAAGAGCGACGUGUCGGACCAGAGAUCUCCAGCAGACUGUACCGUCUUCUUACUUCCUACAAUCCUCAGCUUGUCCUGGACUGAUGGAACUAGUUUGCAGCUCGUCUGUCUCCUGGUGCUGCUCUGGGGAGAUGAGGAGACCUCUGAACAACCUGCUUUUGUAAAUCACACAGAAGAAUCAAUCUAGGCUUGAGAGUUGUGUUAUUCUGUUGAUGGUAUGUGGCUGAUGGUACUGUCUUAUCGGUAAGAAAAACUGGUUUGGAUAUGGAGCAACACACAUACACAAAGGGUAUAAAAUGUAUUUUUCUGUUUUAAUAUAUGCAGCACACACAC